AUGGAGGUGCUGCCUUGCUCCCGAGUCGCCCACAUCGAGCGCACCAAGAAACCUUACAACAACGACAUUGACUACUAUGCAAAGCGCAACGCACUGCGUGCUGCUGAAGUCUGGAUGGACGACUUCAAGUCGCAUGUUUACAUGGCGUGGAACAUACCAAUGACGGUAAGGGCAGGCUGAGAAGGCUCUCAAAGAGACAUUGUAGAGUUGUUGACGGUUGUUGGUACACACACACACACACACACACACACACACACACACAUCCUGGAAGUUGUAGUUUGAUGAGGGACCUGAGAAUAUUCAGUCUUCUCUGCACAACAUCCUUGCAUCUGUUGCCCUUUAAUUGCCAUAGCCGCUGCCCCCUUGCUGAGGAUCACUUGGGCCAUGUGGAACUAGAACUAGCUCCCUUUUAAAAAUGAAUUUUCCAAGCUCUGGUUCCCAUGUUGCUGGACUGCAGCCUCCCUGAUCAUUGGCCUUGCUGGCUGGGGCUGAUUGACGUACAGUCCAAGGAAACCUGCGGCAGUGUGGAGCAUUUGGUGUAUCUGGAGUGUCAGGUAAAAUGUGAAGUGGCUCUUAUGAAGAAAAGGAACUCUGCACAUGCUCAGAAUGCCAUCCCCCCAUAAAGGGAGUGAUGAUUUACCACACCCUCCUUCCCCAGGAGAAGGGGAGAGAUGGUUUAGCCAGGGAAGGAAUGUGGUUGAGCAUGUGGGCAGUGUUGCCCAAUAGGCAGAGACUGAAGCUAGCUCUGCCCCACACUCUUCUCUCUUCUUCUGUUGGCAACCACCACCAUUCCCUUUGCAGUGUGGGCAUUGCUAGUGGCCCUUUCUUUGGGGACUGAGUAGGAGUCUUUGAGGGAGUCAUUGGUUGGCUCUGGGUCUCCUCUUUUUUGUCUUCUCCACACUGUUGGGCGUCACCUGUGUGACCGGAGGGCCAUUGCGUGGCGAGUCCCCCCCCCAGUGGAAAUAAUGACACAUGACACAAUGCAGGUUAAUGGGCUAAAUAAGGCCACGACUUUAUUGGUUACAGGUGAUGAGCAGUAUUGGCUUAGGCAUUGGUUCUAACAGACUAUAUCCAACUUCAGCCCAUCCGCUUGAAGUCUAGGAAGGGUUAACCACCAGUAGGGGAGUCCUGCUGAUGCCCAUCAACUAGGAACUCCCUCGGGGUCACUGAUAGGGGGCGUGCCUUAGGCCCUCACCUCCCUAGGCUUCAGACAGGGCCACGCCCCCUGGAAUCCUUUAUCGGACUACCCUUCAAUAUGCAGGGCAGGUGAUGGCGCUUCCUCCCCUCUUCCAUCCACAGAACAAUACCAAUGCCUAACCACCAAUACCAAGAAAGUUAUGACGAUUUGCUAUGAGGUAGGCAAAAACCAAGUGGCUGGUGCCAAUUUGCCAACUGGAAAAAUUCCUACCAGGCCCCUCAACGGCAACCAACCAAGGUCAUAGCAAGGUCAAGGAAAAUAAAACCUUAUAGGGCGGUAGGGUGGGAAAAGCAGGAACAGCUGGCAGGCGGGGAAAGAGGGAGAUCCCCUGCUGCGUCCUGCCUUAAAUAGGGCAGGCCAUGCCCCCAGAUCCAGCCAAUUGGCUGGCCAGGGGACGGCGCAGCCGGGAAUCCCCCCAAUCGCGCAGGGCUGGCCUCCAGCCGCCGUGCACAUGGUAGGGCCGUGAAGCCCCCAACUCCACCUCCUCCAAAGGGCGGAAGUGGCUUUCCUUAAUCUGGCUCUAUUGACAUUUUGUCUGGGCAGGUGAACAGGUUUAAGUAAGGCCUGUGUUAAUAUAUGAGGCAAUUUGGGUUGGGUUGGUCAUGCACAUUGGGGUGAAGGUUGGCCAAUGGAGCCACGCUGUGCAUGUCUGAGUCAUACCAAUGGCAGGAAUCUAAACAAAUCUUGCUAUUUACAGUGUGUGUCUGUAAACUUGCCCAGUAGAUGGGACAGAUUGAAUCCCCAUUCCCUUUAUUGCUAUUCACCUGCCCAGGUGUGUAUUACUUGGUUAAUUUGCCAAUCCCCUAGUCUGUUAUCUUUUAAUAAAUAUAAUCUGUUUACCCAUAACAAUUUUUUUAUCGUGAGUCUUCUUUCUCUUGUGAUGGCAAAAUCAUUUUCUCUCCGUUGUCCUGUCUGAUUCAGGAUACAGGUGCCAAGGCAAGGUUUGCACCAAAACUAGGCUUGAGAUGUUUACAAAUGGCCCUUGCGGCAAGCACUUAAGUGUGAUGAAAACCUUCGGUCUUUGCUUCUCUUCCAUUACUUUCAUAUGAUCAUUUUCUCCAAUGAGCUAUAAAGCAGGCCUUUAGGGAAAGAAAAAUAAAGGCACAUUGCUUUAUCAGACAUAAACCAGCCUUCCAGAAAAGAAAAUGGUUUUUAAACAUCACAAAAAUAACCACCAUUUCCUUUCCUUUGGAAAACAACUGCUUUGCAACGGUGGAUUCACAGUGGCUUUUAAAUUGUCUAUUGAUCCGUCUAUCACUCCCUCUAAUAUUGAAUUCAGGUGCUGAGCGGUGACAAAAAAUAGCCAAAAUGGGGGCAGUGAAAAACAAGAGGCAGGUUCUGUAUCAGCGUACUUGGGGGACCCUAAAGUACAAAAAAAUACCCCAAGUCUUUAUUACUAUGCUUGCGCACACACACACACACACACACACACAUAUUAACUUUUUAGCAUAUAAAUUCCAACAAUCAUUUAACAAAACUUCUUAUCUUAUACAAUAUUUUUAGACUUCUGUCAACAACCUCUGAAGAUUUUCCGUUUUUUAUCACUUGUUCUGCAUUUCUUAAUUUCUCUAUUACUUUUAAUUGUCCUUAACUAAUAAUUCUUUUCAAAGUCUUUCUUGCAAUAUUUCACAAAGUCCUUCUUACAGAACUUCUUGCAGUCCUACUAGCGUAGUUACUUUAUUACUAUGUUCAGUAGCCAAAUGUGUUGAGGAUCAGCUGGAAAAGAAAACUGAAAAAUAUGAGGGAAUGGGAGACAGAUUGAUUGAUUGAUUGAUUGAUUGAUUGUGUAGUCCUUCAUCCGAAGGGCAGUUCACAGCAUAAAACUACAAAAUUAAAGCACAUUAUUAUUAGUGGAAAUUAUUCAAAGUGACAUAAGGCACAAUAGAGAUACUGAAACAAAUUAUGACAAACACCAUCAAUAACAACCUAAAGAAACCCCUACACAAGUGAAAAACAAGUCUCAAAUACUUUAAAAUUGUUCAACUAUCCAUUGGUCCUCAAGCAGGGGGUGAAUUGAGGCAUGGAGGUUAUGAGUGAUUUGGAAAAAGAGUGAGCAAUACUUUGGCCUCAGAUAUGUGAAAGACCAGAGGGUGGUCUUUCCUUCCACACUACCUCUUGAUAGUUUCACCUCCCUCAGAAGUUUGUGAGGGGUGGCCCAGAAAAGGACAUUCUCUGUUGCAGCUCCUAGGUUGUGGGACUCCCCUGCCUGUCACACCUGAGACAGAUGUAUUUUUUCAGGCUCCACUCUAUUGCUUUGACUGUAAUUUGUUUUACACUAUUUUUAAUACUGAACUUUUUAAAUUGCUGUAACCUGCCCAAACACCUUAUGAUAGAGGACAUAAUAUUAUGUAUUUUCUGUUUUUUUAUAUUGUGAUUUUAUGUUGUGAAGCAACCUGAGAUCUACAGGCGUAGGGUGUAGGGCAGUAUACAAAUUUAAUUAAUUAAUUAUUACUGGCACAACAACAACAACAACAACAACAACAACAACAAAUAAAUGAUGGGGCAAAUGGAGAUAUUGGACUAGGAAGGGCUGAAACCCUCCCUCCCAAGUAUCUCCUUUCCCCUUUGUGAUGCUUCUUGAUUCUUUCAAUGUGCAGAACCUCCAAGACACACCUGGGGCGAAUCUACACUGGUCGGUUAUGACGUUAAAAAUGCAUUAUAAAAACGUGACACCAGAGGGUGCUGCAGAGCAACCCGUCGACAAUGGGAAAUUGCAUUGAGAGCUAUACAGUAUAACUUUUUUAAUAGCCUUUAAUAGCGUUUUUACAAAGCAAUGUAGAUCCAGCCCUGGGGCCCCUCAUCCAGGAUUUUUCCCAUUCAUUGCAAUGGAGGGGUUAUCACGAUGCAUACAGGUCAAAAAGAGUGGCUCUCUCCCCUGAAAUGAAUCGAGGGCGCAUGAUCUCACAUGGGAACACCAUAUGCUCACUGGAGCAUACAUAUGCAGGUAUAUACAUGCGUAUUUUGAACUCAGUACAAAUCUGUUUACAAGGCAUUCUUUUAACAAGCUGGCAUCUUUCCUUCACUUAAUUCUGUACAGCUUUGCCUGCUUGUUUCUUGACUGCAGACAGUAAAUUGAAUGCUGUGGUAGCCAAACUUUGACAUUCUCCUUCUCCACCCCCACUUCAGAUCAUCUUCUUUUCUGUUACCAAAGGUUCAUUAAUAUGUAUUCCCUGUUCUCAAGGACAGUUGUAGACUGAGUAGCUACUUACACGGCAAGAGAGGGUUGGGGGGUUAGUUUGAGAGAGAGAGACAGGGAGAAAUCCGCUUGUAAACAAAAUGAAUAAUGAGCAUUUUUCAAAUAAUGAAAUUGACUGGAAAAUGGCCUAAUAGGAUUUCUGUGUUUAUACGCUCCUGUUGGCCUGUGGGUUUUUUUGUUUUGCAGAACCCCGGAGUUGACUUCGGGGAUGUUUCCGAAAGGAUUGCGCUGCGGCAACGUCUUCAGUGCCGAAGUUUUAAGUGGUACUUGGAGAAUGUCUACCCUGAGAUGAGAAUUUACAACAAUACCAUCACUUACGGGGAGGUAAUGUAUGGUGCUAAAUGUCUGUCACAUCUCUGCAUUACUGUUCCAUUUCCCCAGUUCAGGAGGGCUUUUGUACUGGAAUGUGAACCAAAGACAGAUGUUGUUUCAGCAGUGAAGCUCAUCUAAGAUCUGGAGGUUUCGCCCUUUCCGGGCUCUCAGCCAGGCCUCGAUUUGGGCAGGUGCCUGUAUGUGUGUCCCCUUCCUCCUGACUAGUCUCAUGCAUAAUAAUAAUAAUAAUAAUAAUUUUUUAUUUAUACCCCACCCUCCCUGGCCAGAGCCAGGCUCAGGUUGGCUAACACCAGUAAAAUUACAAUAAAAAAUAAAAUAAAUAAAAAACCAAUUUAAAAUACAGGUUAAAAUAUAAUUUAAAAUGCAGCCUCAUUUUAAUAGUAGCCCAUAGAUCUAAACCAUAAGGGGAGGAAAACAUAAGGGUCAGACUGAGUCCAAACCAAAGGCCAGGUGGAACAGCUCUGUCUUGCAGGCCCUGUGGAAAGAUGUCAAGUCCCGCAGGGCCCUAGUCUCUUGUGACAGAGCGUUCCACCAAGUCGCCAAUGGCUACUAAAGUUAAUGGGUUGCAUAACAUGGUUUGCUAAGUUAGCCCCCAUCUGCACUAAACAUUUAAAUCUGCAUUGCAUCACUUUAAAUAGCCAUGGGUUUCCCCGUAAGAAUCCUGUUCCUCUCAUAAUUUUCAGAGUGGUUUAGAAAUCAAUCCUUCUUUUCGGAGUAUGAAAAAUGCUGCCGGCUCUUUCUCUAAGUGAGGCUCUCGGGUAUCUUCCUCCAAGCCUCUUCAUAGGCAAAAGAGGUCCUUAAGGGGCCCAGUGGUGGAGCAAGCUGAUUGGGCACCUGUGGCGGUGUUUGUGCCUUGUGCCCAGGGGCGGGGCCAGCCACCCACAGGGCAGGGCAAGCCUGGGCAGGACGUUCUGCAGGGCCUUCGAAGAGCCUGCCUGCCUCUUCCCACACAGCUGCCCUACAGCUGAGGGGGAAGCGGAGGGCAGACCUUUUGGGGCAGCGUGGAGCCUGUGGGCCAUAGCUGUCAACUUACAGAUCUGAAAAUAAGGGAUCAGCAGCCAAAAUAAAGGAUUUUCAGAGCACAGGUAUGUUCAGCUUCUGAGCCCCUCUGAGCCAAAGGGAAAACGCCCAGCCAGCAGCCAAAUGAAGCCUCAAGUGGUGGUUCCCACAGCACAGCAACCCGGCAAAGGGGAUGUCGCAAGGGAAACCACCGUCACCUCUCCGCUGGGAAGCGCUGAGCAAAGGUGAGUCCCCAGGCAACGCAGUCGAUUUGAUCGGCACAAGGCAUGCAGGCUCCACCCCCCAGUCGUUCUUAGACUCCUUAUUGGGUGAGCAACGCAGCCAAGCAACACAGUUGGAGCCUCCCUCCUCCCUGGCUGGCAGGGAGGGAGGUAGAGGAGCUGCUUCCUUUGAAACCCGGGAAAUUUAAGGGACAUCAUCAAUAAGGGACAGCAGUGGGACACGGUGCUGGGAUAAGGGACUUUCCCGCCAAAUAAGGGAUGGUUGACAGCUAUGCUGUGGGCACCCAAGCCACCACGUCACUCCAAGGAGAGAUGUGUUGCUCGGGCACGCUGCCGUGGUGAGCGCCACCCACUAUUUUGUCACCCUCCUCAGUGGUGACACCCGGAGUGGCCUGCCCCCACCGUCCCCCCUUCCUCUGCCCCUGAAGGGGCCUACCUGAGAACCUUGCAGUAUCUGAUAAGAAAGAACCAGGGAUCACCUCUCCCAGGAGGGGAGGAAAGAGUGUUUAAAAAGCUGAGCAGGGAUGCAAGUAGGACAAUAUUUCAAAUUCCAUAUUGCAGGUGGAACAGGGUGGCAAGGCAGAGAUUGAAAUUGUUUCCUUAAGGCAGGCUCAUGAGCUUGUGUCAGAUUUGGAUCAGAGAUGUUCAGUCAGUAGAGCAUGAGACUCUUCAUCUCAGGAUUGUGGGUUCAAGCGCCAUGUUGGCUAAAAGAUUCCUGCAUCACAGGGGGUUAGAUUAGAUGACCCUUGUGGCCCCCUUCCAACUCUAUGAAAUUCUAUGUAAUCUAUGUACUGGUUUGGACUAUAUCACAGGUAGUAAGAUUUCAGAAGAAAUUACCAAUGAAUUUCUCAUUGCUGGCCCACAGCUUUGUGGCUUAUUUGACAAUCUCCAGUCUCCAGACUGAGACUCCAGAGGCUGAAGGAACUAAAUAUGUUGAGGUGGAUAUAAAACAUAUUGAAAGGGUUGUAAAAAUAUAUUUCCUACCAACUGAAGUCACUUUUUUUUUAAAGGAUGAGUUGUAAAAUGCCUGUCGUCGCCUUAUACCUGGGUAGCACGCUUGUCGUAAACUGACUCUGCUACCGCUUAACAGUUGGCAUUCUUUAAUUGGCAGCAGCUUGGGAAGGCAGGUUGGGUGGCCUUGUGGCAUGCUGUGCUGUCAGACAAUAUUUAUAUUGUGGCUCAGAGCAGAAGGGGAUGGAAAGCUUCAAGGAUGCUCACAGCCAUGGCUUUCCCCAGAAAAAGUUUUUUAAAGGUGAGGAAACUGGUUAGGAGACCCUGGUUUCUCCCACAGAACUACGAUUUCCAGUUUCCUGGAAGAGGCACUAAUAAUAAUAAUAAUAAUAAUAAUAAUAAUAAUAAUAAUAAUAAAUUUAUUUAUACCCCGUUCAUCUGGUUGGGUGUCCCCAGCCACUCUGGGAGGCUUCCAACAAAGUAUUAAAAUACAGUGGUCUGGUAAACAUUAAAAGCUUCCCUAAACAGGGCUGUCUUCAGAUGUCUUCUAAAAGUCUGGUAAUUGUUCUUCUCUUUGACAUCUGGUGGGAGGACGUUCCACAGGGCGGGUGCCACUUAUUGCUUGAUGCCAGGGUACCUCUCCAUAGCUGAACAUAGACCCCAUCUGCACUGUACAUUUGAAGAAGUAUUAUACCACUUUAAAUAGCCGUGGCUUCUUCACAAAGCCUUCUGGGAAGCGUAGUUUAUUAAGGUUGUUGAGAGAACCUCUAGCCAACUCCCAGAGCAACAAUUCCCAAAGUUCCCUGAGAAGAGGGAUUGACUGUAAAACCACUCUGGGAAUUGUAGCCAUGUGAGGGGGAACAGGGGUCUCUCAGCGCUGUGGUGAUAAGUAGACAGUUAAAUAUGAAUGUGUCUAGUUCUCUUUUAAAGCCAUCCAAGUCGGUGGCCACCCCUGCCCUUUGUGGGAGCAAGUUCCAAGUUUGUGCCCAUCGCUACAUCGAAGGCAAGUGUCCUUUAAGCUCUGCUUGUGGGCUUCCUAGAAGCAUGUGGUUGUCCAUGAUGGCAAGCAAGAUGCUGGACCAGAUGAAUCAUUGGUCUGACCCAACAAGUCUCUUCUGACAUUCCUCUGUAGCAGGACCUGUGUGCUUAUCUUUAGAUGGCAAUCAGGGAGUGUGAUGGAUUUCAUCCAAUAGAUGGGAUCCAGAUUUCUCAUCAGGGUUAUUCAGAGCGGGAUUGGGACUGGGUUGUUUACGAUGUGUAUUCCUAAUUCAUCAUCUUUCAUGUCGUACUCCACAAAUAAAUGUCUAGUCCAAGUCAUCAGAAUGUGUGUGUUCUGCCUGUAAGGACAAUUCAUGUCUGCUUUCGCAGAAGAACAAGUUGGCUAUGCAGCCCCUAACUGAUACGCAAAAGAAGGAUUAAUGGGGUGUCAGGAGAAGUGAAUGAGUGUGUUUUUCUUCCUUCAGAGAGACUCCCUGGUGGUUAGCAUCCUAUUUACUUUGCUUAAAAACAAGUUUAAGCUGCUCCAGAACAGGGAAGGCCUGUGGCUCAGUGGUAGAACAUCUGUCUUGCCCUCAGAAGGUUCUAGGUUCAACCCCUGACAUCCCCAGCCAGGGAUAGGAAUGUCCCUUGCCUGAAACUCUGCUUCUCAAUGUAUUGCAAGCUUUUUGUGGAGAUUUGUGAGAAUAUAUAAGACAGCUGGGAGAUGUAGGUGCUCGAACCAGGACCUGCCCCCUGUCCUCCACUAAGGCUUUGGGUUAGAGAAUUCCCCUACACUGAGGCCAACCUAUAUGGCCAACACCACCAGAUAAGUGUUGGUUGGUAACCACUGAGACUGGUAAGGUAGAAGGCCAGGAGCUCAACAGUAGGUGGAGCCAGAACCCAUGAGAUGUGGAGCCAACUAAUGGUAGUUCUAGCCCCAUGCUCCUCCUUGUUCUGUUCUAGAAUAGAAGGAGGGUGUUGAGACCAAAGAAGAAGAAGAUGACAGGCAUUCCCAGCCCCUGGAUUGGUUUUAAGUGAGAAGGCAGGUGGGAGAGCUGGCUGAAGGCACACAUUGGUUGGUGGACCAGUACCCCAUUUGCUCAAAUGAAGCAGUAUUCACUGUUCCAGAUUUUGUUGCACUUCAACUCCCAUCACCCUAUUCUGGCCAGGGUUGGUGAGUGUUGGAAUCCAUCAUCACCUGGAAGUUCCCCAUCCCAGAGCUAGGAUCAUAUAAGACAUCCAUCAGAACAUCACAAUAUUGGUUAAAUUUCUCUUUUUCCCUCCCUCCUACCCUGAUGUUGAUUUCAGGUUCGCAACAGCAAAGCCAGUGGCUUCUGUUUGGACCAGGGUGCAGAAGACGAUGACAAAGCCAUUCUCUACCCGUGUCACGGCAUGUCCUCCCAGGUAGAUGAGAUCAUAUGUUAUUACAUUUCUUCCGUGGCAAAUUUGAUUUUGUUUGCAUUUUAA